AUGACUGGCGUCACAACCCAAGUCUACGCCAUAUCCCGCAUUACUCUCGCCCUUUUUGAGGACUCCGGAUGGUACCGAGUGGACUACGACAACGCGGAGAACAUGACGUGGGGAAAAGGACUCGGAUGUGAUUUCGUUAAAAAGAGCUGCCUAACAUGGAUGAGGAGUCCUAGUGGACCGUACCCGUUCUGCGUGCAGGAAGGCGACAUGACAUGCAAUGCGAAUCGCAAAUCAAAAGUGUACUGCAAUUUCGUCAAGGAUAUGACAAUGCCACCCAUGUACGAUUACAGCGUGCCAGGACUUUACAAGGACAGAAGAGGCAAGAACACUCGAGGCGGUGGUAAUGAAAUGACGGCUGACUUCUGCCCAUAUUACAGGGUAUUCGGUGAGAUUUCCGUCGAACCAAGUGAUACUCGAUGUACUUAUCCUGGCAAUAUGCACUACAACAAUUAUUCGUUGGAAAUCUUCUCACGAACUGCUCGCUGUUUCGCACUUCAGGACAAAAUCAAAGUCAGAAAGAAGAUCUUGAUAACGACUUAUUCGCAGUAUGCUGGCUGCUACGAGCAUUUAUGUAAGGAUGGUCGCCUGUACAUCAAAGUACAGAACUCCAAAUUUUAUCCAUGCUAUUUCCCAGGCCAAUAUAUUCACAUAGAAAAGGUAUGGUUAUACAAGAAUCAGAUCAUACGAAAGAAAAAAUCUCAAGUUACCUCAGCUUAA